AUGCGCACCAGGGGCUCCCGGUGGUGCGGGGGCCGGCGGGCGGUGGCGCUGGCGCUGGUGCUGGGCGCCGCGCUCGUGCUGCGCGUGCCGCUGCACUCGCGCCUCUCCGCCGACUUCCCGCGCCUCUCGCCGCGAGCCCUUGCCCACUUCCUCGCGGACUUCUCCAACUAUCCCAAACUCUACCCGGACAUUUACUCGUGGUCGGUGGAGGAGGAGUCUGGCAAUUACACGUCGUGGCGCUACUCGGUGUCGUAUUCGUGCGGGGAGCGAUGCGUGGGGCGCGUGGAGGUGUGGCACGGGGAGGAGGGCGCUGGGGCGGGAGGGGGACGGCACCUCCUCAGGGUGGUCGACGAGCGUUGCUCGCAUCUGCCUCUGCUACCGUUCCCGCGGUUCUGCGCGGAGGGGCCUAUGGGCGCGCGGCUGGCGGAGAGCGCGCGCGGCGCGUGCGGGCCGGCGCAGGCGCUGCUGGGCCGCUGCCGCCUCGCCGCGCGCCGCCGCCGUCACUUGGACGCGCUGCGGCUCGCCCUGGCC